AUGGGCGCAUUUUCCAAGCUGUUUUCAUUCGAAGAUCAAUUAGGCUUCUAUGGAGCUUAUCAUGCCAAUCCCAUAAAUGUCGGCAUCCAUAUGGUCUUUGUUCCUACCAUUUUCUGGACUGCAUUGGUUUGGGCUGCCAACACGCCAGCCGCAUUCGAAUACGCAUACAGCCAAUACCUCCCCGCAAACCUCUCGCUUUUCGCAACUGUCGGAUACGCUUCAUACUUUAUUGCUUUGGAGCCUCUUGCUGGUACUCUAUACGCACCGAUUCUCUUGGGAAUGUGUCGAGCAGCCAAUGUCUUUUUGCAGACAAACCCAAAGGCAAACUCUAUUGCUGCAUUGCUGCAUGUGGCUAGUUGGGUAGCGCAGUUUGCUGGGCAUUUCUUGGCCGAGGGACGAGCGCCGGCGUUGUUUGAUAACUUGUUGCAAUCUCUGGUGCUGGCUGUAUUCUUUGUCUGGGUUGAACUGUUGUUCAUGUUGGGGUAUAGGCCAGAUCUACGAAAGAGGCUCGAAGCUAAAAUCAAGAAGGAUAUUGAAGCUUACAAGAAGGCUAAACAGGCUAAAGCUGAUGGCAAAUCUAACUGA